CGAGACGGUGGCGGCCCCACUCACUCCUGCACACCACUGACGGAAUGUCCUAGACUCCGCCUGCGCCUCGUGCUCUUUGGGGGAAAAAAAGAAGGAAACAGGUGGGAAAUACGCACGCACACACACUCUCUCGCCACACUUCUCUACCUGUCGUGUUUGUUGUGGAGUAUAGUUGUGCUUGACGCCAGCGGAUUGGUAGCAGCAGACGACACCUUGUCCCUUUACCCAGAAAUGACAGGCGUUGACUCUCCGCACACACACCCCAUGGAGGACAGCACUCAGCUGUUGAUGAUCAUCGCCUGCGUGCUGGGCGGCCUGCUGGUGCUCCUCCUCAGUUCUGUCGUCUGCUUCUGGUGCUUCAAGGGCCGCAAGGGUGCGGACGACGAGGACAAGGUGCUGACCAAGAAGUACGCCGUCAACGGUCUGGACGAGGAGUCGGGCAACAGCAACCAGAUGUUCAAGCGGACUCCAGACGAUCGCUCGUCCAUCGGCUCCGCCACCUCCCUCAACCAGCGGGGCUCGCAGUCCCCCAUGCUGGGGCGCAAGACCAUCAAGUUCGAGCGCCCAGAGCGCAAGAUGGUUUCCGAGCACGUGCAGCCCACCCCAGGCUCGCAGACAGCACUUAACCAGCAGCUGGGCAUCAGGGACACCCGGGACUACCAGACCAUGGGCAUCACACGGGGUGUCAGCCUCAGUAGUCAGAGUCGGUCAGCAUCGGAGGAGGACCGUGAGGUGGUUCGGGGAAGCAGCAUGUGGCGGAACGUCAAGUCCAUCGCCACCAUGCUGAUGGAGGAUCCGGAAGUGGUGGAGGAGCGGGCCACCGGGCCCAUAGUGGAGGGCGUGGACUUCAAGCUGGGCCGCAUCCAGUUUGGCCUCAUGUACGACUUUCAGAAUCUUACCUUGACCCUGCGCAUCAUCCGGGCCGUCGACCUCCCGGCCAAGGACGUGACCGGCACCAGCGACCCCUACGUCAAGAUCCUCCUGCUGCCCGACAAGAAGCACAAGCUGCUCACCAAAGUCAAGAAGCGGAACCUCAAUCCUCACUGGAACGAAUGUUUCCUGUUUGAAGGCUGGCCUCACAACAAGCUGCUGGAGAAGACCCUGUACUUGCAAGUUAUUGACUAUGAUCGCUUCAGCCGAGACGAUCCCAUUGGGGAGACAUACAUUCCACUGAACGAAACCGACUUGUCACAGUCUCCUGUUGUGUGGAAAUUUCUGCAACCAUGCAAGGACACUAGGGGCAAGCUGGGAGAGCUACUGUUGUCACUGUGCUAUCAGCCCAACAUUGGUCGGCUGACUGUGAUCGUGAUGAAGGCCAAGGAACUCAAAGCCAAAGAUAUUACCGGCUCCUCAGACCCUUAUGUCAAAAUAUGGUUGCAUUUUGGUGGAACAAAGAUUGAGAAAAAGAAGACCAGCAUUAAAAUGCGCUCAUUGAACCCUGUCUACAAUGAGAGUUUCAUCUUUGAAAUACCCUGGGAGAAGAUCCGUGAGGCAAUGUUAGAGGUCUCGGUGAUGGACUUUGACAAACUGGGACGCAACGAGCUGAUCGGGAAGGUGAUACUGGGAAGUCGGAGUGGUCCCAUGGAGACACGACACUGGAAUGACAUGAUCUCCAAGCCGCGCCAGCAGGUGGCACAGUGGCACUUACUCAAAGACUGAGGCUAGUUUCGUUAAACCAGUGCUGCACCUUAACCUUGGCAGAUUUCUCAAAGCUUCUCAUGGGAUGGCUUGUUGUCUGGUGCUGAAGCUGAGAUGGAGGCUAAUCAACUUUGUUGUUAGUUGUGGGGCUGUGUUCAGGCCAGGAUCAAGGUGCUUCACACAGAGUAUGUUCUGUGCACAGACUUAGAUACAAAGCAGUAUAUGAGUGUUCCAUAGCCUGAGCCCCUUCUUAUGCACGUAGACUUUUGUGUUAGGCCUUCACACCACAGGGCAUAGACAAAGUCCAUUGGGGCAGAGGUCAUUUGCAGAGAUUGCUCAGCUGAAGUAGUCGAGUGGAAUUUAAUGAGACGACUCAUUCUGAAUCAUGACACAUCUAGCCCUGUCUCUUGUGUGUCUUGUGCAACGUAGCCUUUACUCAUUAACAUGACAUCCUUUAGUUUCAGAUAUCUAGUGCAUAAAAAAAGAUACAUUUAGUUCUAGUUAUGUGAUACUAAUUUAACUCCCAGAUACAUUUUGGAGAUAGUGGUACAUUAUUUAAAAAGUAACCAUUCAUCAACAUAUUCAAAAGUAACCAUUUACUGCCCUAUAAAAUAUCAGAUUAUACUUAGAUAAAGUAGUGUUGCUUUAUUGACAGCAUGAGUCACAAAUGAAAAUCCAGCCUAAAUAACGUAUUUCUGUUUUACUGAAGCAAUGCAGCCAGUUGAUGUAAAUUUAAAUAAUGUUGUUAACACUGCUGAUAAUGUUUUACUGUAAAUUAUUUAUCUCUAAUUAUAGAAAGAUGAUAAAGGCCAAGUAAAAACUUAAGUAAUGUUAGGUUAUAAAAAAAUGCCCUAACCAGUGACAGUAGGUACUGUUUUUAGCGAAGGUUUUGGCUAACGACAGAGUCUACGCCAUUUGCAGAUUGCUAGCUUUGAUUGCAGAGUUAACUCACAGAAACUGAAGAGCAAAGCAGUAAAAAACAAUGGCAAGAGUUCAGCUGAGUGACAGAGAAUACAUCAUCUUGAUAGGCAAAUUACUAUUGCAUUAAUCCUCACCCACGGUGCACUGGCAAUAAGCCAUCUUGUUGACUCUGUCCUCAGAGGUCAUCCAUCAUGCAUUCAUCAAUGCCAGACUUCUCAUUUUGCUUGUGAAUGUCUGGACAUUCUUCAACUUUCCAGACAAAGCAAAGCCCAUGUCCAGACAACUAGGAGAUGUGUUUGUAGCAAUAUCAAGCAGUGACAAAUGGUUUAUUUCAUAUUCAUGAGUCAUGCAUGUGACACAACUUUUUCACUGAAGAGUGACACCAAGACUGUGUUAGUGUACCAAGUUGCGUCCACAUACAAUUACCAUUACACUAGGCGAUUAAUUACACUCUAUCCACAGUGCUUGUGCCAAAGUUGCAAGCAUGAUGGUCCAGUUCAAAAAAACAGUUUCUCAUCCAAUCCAUGCCAUGUCCCUUGUGAUUCAGUGCGCGAUGAACUUGGAGAGAUUUGUACUUCAUCCUACACGCCAGCCCCAUCCUCUGUAGCCUCACCUAAGCAUGUGUACUUAGUCUUCUUCCAGAUUCAGUAAGUCUUGAGGAGACUGCAGGCAGAAGUGAGGUGGGGAUGGCUGCAAGCAGAAGUAAUGAUGCAAGCAGUGGAAGGGGUGAUAUGCAGUAUGAAGAGGAAGAAGAUUUCUUGUGUAAAGACAUGUAACCAUUGCAUCCAGGGGUGUUCUAGUACUCAACUGUCUUGCAUGGAAGUAUCAGCACAGAAAUGAAUCAGGUUGUACAACGUAUGAGGACCACCUGCAUUGCAUUUCACACAUCCUUCAUGACUGGAACAUUUACUUGCAUUCUUCACUAGACAGGCUCUGUUGUUGAUGGAGAUGUUUGUGAAAUGAUCAUUUCAUAUUGUCUCAUCCAUACUCCAUGGUUACUCAUGCUUACUUAAUCAUAUGCAUUUGUGGAAGAUUGUUGAAGUUUGUGAAGAGACUUUAUAUUUGCUUGACCCUUUACAAAAAUGUAAAAAAUCCACUUGAUAGGAAAUGCAACCCACAACAGACUCAUCACAUCAGCAGUACUCAAGCAUUUUGGUUCUUACCCUGAAGCAUAGAAUAAGCAGGCUGAUACAAUACAUGAUACUCUUCUGUUUAUAUCUUGUGUUCCUAAGGUUGGCCCUCAGUAUGCUUCUUAAAAUGUGAUAAAGGUGGGGGACCAUGGUUUCUCCGCUGCAGAAAGAAGGAAGGAUCCAGACAAUGGACAACUUAUAUUAGAAUAAUUCAUUUAUUUUAGUUUUCUUUAUAACUUGCAAGUUUGCAUAAAAAAUGUAAGAUUGGGAUCUAGGUGUAGUGGCAACAACAUGAAAAAUAUUUGUACUUUCUUUUUGAUAGGAGGGAGAGAUAUAUGUAUUAACAAAUGAUAUACCAGGAAUAACAAUCUGUCAGCUGUUUCCAAUUCUUGUUACAAUAUUAACAAAAUAUUAUUGCUAAAUAAUGCAUCCUCUUUUAUGUAAAAGUUACAUUUACUCCUUGCAAAAUGAACCCAGUUUUGUUGUGAAGAAUUCCGAGUCCCUAUAUUACAUUCAAUUUGGAACAAAAUUAAGGUGAUCUAUUCCAUAUUUGUCUUAUCUGUAACAAAGACCAAAUUUUUACUGAAAUGUUCAUAUUCAUGCAUAUGCCUUGUAUGAAACAGUAGAGAAAUCGUAUACAAGCAUAUGUGUGUGAUAUGUGUAGGGGAGCUGUUGGGUCAGGAGGAGAAAAAAGGGGUUAGGAUAUGGUUACAAUAAGGUAAAAUUAUGUCAGUGCUAUUCUGUUUCCCAAAUAUUGCAAUAAUAUUGAGGUUUCCAUGUUGGUUCUGCUGUGCUUAGUUGGUCUCUCUGCUCUGCAGCUGUACACCAAGUCAGCCUAAAGACUGUGCACAUGCAUGUAGACUGGAAAACCUGCAGAUAAAUUACAGCAUCUUUACAGUAGCAUCAUUAGAAGGUGUAAAAUCUCAAAGCGUGAACCUGCUACCUUCUAUCUGCUGUCAACAGAUUCCAAGCCAUGGCAUCACUUUCACAUUACACGUUACAGUGUGUAGAUAUAUUCCAUACUUUCAUAAAUUCCUAACAUUUUUUAUUUUAAAAUAUUUCAGAAUAUCCUAUGAUUCACAAGAAUACUGUCACUGGAGAGAAUAUUCAGUUCCAGAUCUUAAUGCCAAUAGGUUUAGAAAAGUCAAAAUUUUUAUUUAAUUUUUAUUUUUAACAUGACUACAUGCAGGCCCCUUUGAAAUGUUAGUGGCUAUUUUUCAUACAGUUGCUGGUGGCUAUUUUCAUACAGUUCAGCUGGUUUGUCAAACUCAUGCAUGCUGGGGUACAUUUUAAACUACAAGUUUAUGUCAUGAUAUAUAUAAUGUCAACUUGUUUAACAUAUUAUAUAUAUAAAUGUAAUGGCAUGUAAAGUCAUGUCUAAAACUUGUACCAGAUUUUUGAGCUUUGAAUUUUGUUUUACAAAACUUAAUAAGCAAUAUUUUUUAAUUUUCUAUGAUCAGUCAGUCAUACAGCUGGCUGUAAAAGUCAUUUGGAUGUUUUAACUGUGUGUGAUGGGAUGGGUGGGUGGCUGGGUUGACAAGUUCAUUGCAAUUAGUGAUUCUAAUCUGUUUGGUCCUAACUGCAUUCUUAUGAUCUUGACAAUUAUUUUCUGAUUUUUAUUUAAAUAACAUUUUUUCUGUUUAAUCACACAUUCAAAAUAAUUUGUUGCUGCAUGAAAAUAAUUCAUUUUAUGCCAAAUGCAGAAUGUAACAAUAUCAAUCUUUUGUUGAGGUAAACAGAAAUCUUUUAUUAUUUUCUUUUAGGAGUUUCUAGCAAAACACUUUCUACCUGGUUGUUGAUCAACGUGUCAUCAGGUACUUAUUACCAUCUGACUGAAGUGAAAGUUUGCAUAGGUUUCUGUGGUUUAGAACAUUCUUGAAUAGCUUCAAUAAUUAGCAAGUCAUUGAAUAUAUUUAUUUACAAUACCAAUAAUAACAAAGCUCCUUUCAUGUUCUGCUAGGGGAUGAAAGCAAUGUUUGACAUAUACAUAUUUCAUUCUUCUGGUGCCAUGACUUCAAGUCAAAGCCUCUCAUUGUCUAAUAUCACCAGCACCUCGCAUUCUCGUUGUGUCUGUACUUUCAUCCAUAGCCCUACAUCUGGUGGAAGGUGAAUAGCCUUGUGGUUUGAGUACCUUUUUUGAGGCCAGAGGCAUGCACACUAUCCCCACUAUAUGGUUUGAUACUUUGGUGAACCUCAAAUCGACCCAUCUGUAGCAUGGGAACCUAACCUCGUAAAAGGGUAGGGAAAGACAGACAAGGAGAGGAGCUUUGAAGCCCUCACAAAAAUUCUGACCUUAAGAUAAGUGUUGUCUCUGACAUCUCACUCCCCAGUGACAGGUUGUAGGAUUACUUUCACCUAAUCUGUCUCUUGCUGCCUGAUCCUACUUCUCCAUUUCGUAUUCGGAACUCUCUCCUGCAAUUCUCAUCUUGCCUACCAGUAAUCUUUGCCAAAUGUUGAAAAAGCUACCAAAAAAGAAAAAAAGUGUCUCCCUAUAUUUAUAUCUCUGUGAAUUUGUGUAAUAUACUUCAGGCUUUUAAAAAAUAUUUGUUGAGCCUGCUACUGAAAAAAAGUGAAUGGCAUAUUUACUCAAAGAAAGGUCUAAGUAUCAACACUUCCUUCCACCCCUUACCCAGCUUUCCCUCCCCACCAAACAAACAAACUGUUGCAUCAGUCAUUCAGAAUGAUGCUUCUCAUCCAAUCAUUUACAACAAAUAAAGCCUUAUUAAGCAUGAGAGCUAGUCAAAAUGUCACUAAACUAACAUUUGGCUGUCAUGUACUUAUAGGUCAUCUUAAGCCAAAAUGCAUUCGCUGAUUUACACAUCAAAAAUAGUGACAAUGAAGAAAGAACAUAGCUGGUGUCAACUUCAUUCCAGCAAAAUAUCACUAGGCAUGAGUUAGCCUGCAGAUGAUCUGAACAAGUUAAAGAAGUGUGUGUUGUCAUGAUAACCUUAAUAUUAAUUCUUAUAUAUUGUAUUAGGUCCAUCAUGUGCAUGCAUUUGAUAUACACACAUUCUUAGCUUUGAAAACUGGGCAGGUGGGUUCAAGCAUGUCCUUAUUUGCUGUAUAAAAUGCAUCUGAUGUUGAAGAUAACACACUUGCUGCAGUAGGACAGAAACAACGUAAAAUUGAAGGGGCAUUCUUGUUUUUCGUUAAAAAGUGCUUUUGAAAUGUCCAGCCAUGAAAUAUUAUUUCUUAGUGCUGCUAACAUUAGAUUGUAUAGAUUGUAUGUGAUAUGAAAAGAGCAAAUAUAAUUAUACUGGGAAAUACAUUCUUGUACAAAGUGCAUGUUCAUGUUGUGAAGCAGCUUAGAAUUCAGAUGUUACUUAUGACACAACACACUGUGUGUGAAAGCUGGUGUAUAUGAUGCUUGCAGGUGUAAAUAUUGUAUCAUAUCGGUGUGCAUCCAGUGUGUAGAUACAUUUUGUACACAGUCUUAGUAUACAUCUUACAUGAGAAUCACAGUGGUGUUAUGUGUCUGUCUAAAAGCACAGAUAAUAAAAAUUGCAAUGAGGAAAA